UGCCGGGUGGAGCAGAGCGAGCGGCCAACCCACCGACGGAGGAGACGAGAAGAGACGAGCGCUGCGCCUUCAUUGUCCCCCUCAGCCCGAGAACAAAAACAAACCAACAUGAGAGGUUUCGGCGGUGACCGCGAUCGUGGCCGUGACCGGGGAAGCAAUGGCCCACGGUUUGGUGGAAGCUCAUCAAUGGGAAAGAAGUUUGGUCAGCCCGGAGAACGUCUUAGAAAGAAGAAGUGGGAUAUGGAUGAGCUGCCGAAAUUUGAGAAGAAUUUCUAUGUGGAGCACCCUGAAGUGGUUAGAUUAACCCCGUAUGAUAUCGAGGAUUUCCGUCGGAAGAAAGAAAUUACUUUGAAGGGAGCUGACUGCCCAAAACCAGUGUUCCAGUUUCAUCAGGCCAAUUUUCCUUCUUAUGUGAUGGAUGUUCUGUGUUCACUGAAUUUUGUGGAGCCGACACCAAUACAGUGCCAGGGCUUUCCUGCAGCGCUCAGUGGGCGUGAUAUGGUUGGAAUUGCACAGACUGGAUCUGGCAAAACGCUCGCUUACUUAUUGCCUGCCAUUGUGCAUAUCAACCACCAGCCAUUCCUGGAGCGAGGCGACGGUCCCAUUUGCUUGGUGUUGGCACCAACACGUGAGCUGGCACAGCAGGUGCAGCUGGUUUCUGAAGACUAUGGGAAAUCUUCACGGAUAAAGAGUACAUGUAUUUAUGGCGGUGCUCCCAAAGGCCCUCAAAUCCGAGACCUGGAGAGAGGAGUGGAAGUCUGCAUUGCAACCCCAGGCCGUUUGAUUGACUUUUUGGAAGCUGGAAAGACCAAUCUUCGUCGUUGCACUUACCUAGUACUUGAUGAAGCUGAUCGCAUGCUGGAUAUGGGCUUUGAGCCUCAAAUUCGCAAAAUCGUGGAGCAGAUCAGGCCGGAUAGACAGACUUUGAUGUGGAGUGCCACUUGGCCAAAAGAGGUCCGGCAGCUGGCAGAGGACUUCUUACGGGAAUAUGUCCAGAUCAAUGUCGGAGCCCUGGAAUUGAGUGCCAAUCACAACAUCCUCCAAAUUAUUGAUGUGUGUCAGGAAACCGAGAAGGACUUGAAGCUGCUCCAUCUGAUGGAGGAAAUUAUGGCAGAGAAAGAAAACAAAACUAUCAUCUUUGUAGAAACUAAACGUCGUUGUGAUGACCUGACCCGCAGGAUGAGGAGAGACGGCUGGCCGGCAAUGUGCAUUCAUGGAGAUAAAAGUCAGCCGGAGAGAGAUUGGGUCCUUAAUGAAUUCCGAUCAGGAAAGGCACCCAUCCUAAUUGCAACUGAUGUUGCAUCUCGAGGUUUAGAUGUGGAAGACAUCAAAUUUGUCAUCAAUUACGACUACCCUAAUUCCUCAGAAGACUACGUACAUCGCAUUGGCCGUACAGCGCGCAGCACAAAUAAAGGCACGGCUUACACCUUCUUCACACCAGGCAAUGUGAAACAGGCUAGGGAGCUGAUCAAAGUAUUGGAAGAGGCCAACCAAGCCAUUAAUCCUAAACUUCUGCAGCUUGUUGAUAAUGGAAGAGGAGGUGGAAGAGGAGGCCGUUCCCGUUAUCGGCCCGCUGGAACCAAUCCUAACGCCAUGUACCGAGAUGAUCGAGACAGAAGCCGCAGCCGAUCUUUUCGAGACCUGGAUGGGGACCGCAGAGAUAGGGGAGAUGGUGGGAGCAGGUUUGGGGGGCAGAGAGAUUCCCGUGAUGCUACAGGUACAUUGAGUAAGCCGGGUUUCCGGUCUGCACAAACUGGCAGUUUUGGAAGUGCCAUGUUUGGGCAACAAUCAAUCCAGUACCCAAACUUUACCCAAGGUGGGCUAUAUGGGACUACUAACCCGAGUGUAUACGGGGUUGCGUCUCAGACUGCAUUUGGAAAAGCAGGUGCAUUCCCAACUGCAAGCCCAGGAGGUGCUUUUGGAGCCUCCGGGUUUGGCACAGCUGCUGCCCAAGCUGUGGCUUACGCCUCGGGUAACUUCACUGCUACAGCCUCUGCCAGUGGAGGGCGGGCCCCGCAGGCAGCAGCACAGUUCCGACAGAAUGGAUUGGCACAACAGCCACAGCCCCUGCUAUCUCAGACGUAUCAACCGGGCACCUCGUUGUUGAGUUUUAUGUCCCAGGGGAACUACCAGUACACACCACCACCCCCACCACCUCCCCCAACACAGGCAACAACUCGAAAAUAAACUUGCUUUUCUAAAAUUGACCUUUUUUCCCCUGUUUAUAAAGAUCUAGGCAUCAAUUCCAUUUUCUACUGAACAGUAAAACUUUAAAAAUAGGAUAAUUAUACAGUUGCAUUCACUUUGACUUUGUUAUCACAAAAGGUGUGCUGGACUAGCAAACCUUGUGACACUGAUCCACCCGUCAGAAGUUUACCGAAGUACACCAUAAUCUUACAGAAAAUGUGGUCCGCAAAUCAUGGUACCGCACCAGCCUGCUGCCCACUCUGUGAAUUGGUGAAGGAUCAGUGGAUAGCUGCUUGACCCCUCUGAGCCUAGUGAGUGAACAAGCUCCUUGGUGCUCUGGGUUCAAGCAUUCUCCAAGAUUUUUUUUUUAAACCAUCUUAUCUUUUUUUUAAAAAGGUAGGUUUUGUCUCUCUGUUCAUAAGGCAUAAUUCUAUCAGCAUGUUAAUUAUUCCUGUUAUUCAGACAAGCGUGAGGUUCAGACUUAGCCCUUAUUCUCAUUGUGACAACAGAAAUUUCAAAUGAAAAAAGAUUAUUGUUCUAGUGUGACAAGAGAAAACAUAAUAUUUUUCAAUUUUUGCAUAAUCCAUUAAAAAUUUCAUGGUGCCACUUUCAUUUUGGGUCUCUUACAUUGGAAAUAGUUCAUUAUAUUUACAUUCUAUAAUAGCUGCUCUUGUCACCUGUGGAAAAACUAAAAUUCACAAAAACAUAUUUGGGGUUCAAUAUUUGUAAAUUUUACAAAGCAUUAACAUUAAGAGUAAUGGCACCUAGGCUGUAAAAUUGUCCAAAUGUGUUGGGGUAGGGAAAGCUAGAAGUCAGGGGAGAUAGUGUUGACCUGAAGGUUAUUGCUCCCAGUUUGAUUUACUUGAAAUAAGAAAUGAUGCUGUCAGUUAAUGCCCAAUCUGGCUCCAGAGUAUUUUCAUGAGAAGUUUGCCAUUUGUGUUGUACAAUAGCAGGCAAUGGAGAAAUGGAAAUAGCAACUCAAUAAAAAUAAUCAAAAUAAGAUUCCAAAAGGCGACAAUUAACUGACUCUCCACCCUCCCAGUCCCCAAACAACCCUGCCUGAUGUCUGAAUAAACUCAGAUACGUGGGUUAUUUCAGGUAUACAGACAGAAGGUGAGCUAGCACCUGUAGGGUGAAGAGAUAGCUUUUUAUGCCAGUGAUCUAGGUUAUUUUUAGUUUUCUUUAUUAAGUAAAUAACUAUGUUGUAUUAAUAUUCCAUCGUGGAAGCAGAGAGGUCUCAGGUUCUAUUAGAUUCUAAAUUGAUUUCCAAUUGCUUUAAAUUAUUGAUGACUGAAAAUACUGGAACUGUUACUCAAUAAGCCGGCCAUGGUCCCCAGACUGUUACUCUCGCUCCAUUACCCAAGAACAGGCUUGCUUGAGAGCAAUCCUUCGUCAGGUACUAAGGCUAACUAAUAUGUUGCAGAAUUGGGAUCAAUCUGAUACUUCAGACCACCAUUUUUUGAGUAAUUUUUCCAUAUUUAGUCGCAGUGGUUUAUUCCUGUUGCAUUUAAUGUUCAAGUUAAUUUGACCUUUUUUUUCUCUUGUAUAAUUGGCCCGUUUUUAGUUAUGUUGCUAGCCAUUCAUCCUACUGAGAUUUUUUUUCCCCCCAAAUGUUUGAAUGCUGGAUGUUCCGUUAAAGGUAGGUGUUCAUAAAUGAGCUCAUUUAAAAUCCAUUCACAUUUUUGAGGCAUUAUAAUGAAGAUAUUGUGGCUGAUUUUAAUUUUUAAAUAAUCUUUUGAAAGUUCACUUAGAAGUAGGGAUAAGAUUGUAUGGCAAAGCUUCAGAACUACUUUCCAAGAGUCCAUCAUAGGUCCAAAUUCACUAUUGCCAUUAGUAAAUCGUAAUAAAACGAUGCAAUGAAAUUUGACCUGGAAAACGGAAAUGUAAUACUCUGGGCUAUAAUGUUACGUUCUGUAGCCACGUUGCAAAUAGAUAACUUACUGCCUCGUGUGUGCAUUACUCUGCUUUCAGUUAGUAGCAUCAUUCCUGCAAAUGACUUGAAUGCUGCAUUUUGAUUGCUGUGAAGCUGGUUUUCAUGUAUGUAAAUGUGUUGAUACAAAUGUUAGCAUAUCUACCAAUGUGGCUGCCUGAUGGGUGAGGUGGGUUCAGUUCCUGAAAUGCCUAUUGGUGACAUCAGUCGAUUACCACACGGAGAUAGUAUAUAUAGCUUUGCAAAAUUUAGUUUUGAUUCUGGCUGCUGCAGCAUCAACCUGUAGGGAUUUUGAAGCUAUGUCUUCAGGCAGCUGGGCUCGAGUCUAUUCUCCCCCAAGUAGAUUGUCGGACAACUGCCCGUUUUUCAAAGCAAAUGGUGGGUCACACGGUGAGUUGUUUCCAUCCCCCACUUCCCUUAUUGCUGCUGCAUCUUCCAAGCAAGCUGUGAGCACACCUUCUCAUAACACCAGCAUCUUUGAAUUCUGGUAGUUCCACAUUAUUUUGCUCAUUCUGGAUGUUACUGUGUGCAAUUUUGUUGCAGCCUGUGGAAUUUGACAUGAGUAAGAUUAUGCCAAGUCGGCCCAUUCAUAAUCAUUUUGUCACUUUUUGAAUGACUUUAUCAAUUGGUAACAUUAUACUCAGUAGAAUAUAGAGCCAAGGGACUGGGGCAGUAGGUUCUGGGGGUAAUAGGAACUAUUCACCUUCUGUAUUCUGAUGAGGUCUCUACCCCACCCCCUAAAUUGCAGGAUUUAACGGUGCCACAAAUGACGUUGAUGUUAUUGACAAUUUGCUCUGAGUUAUUGAAACCAACAGUUUAAAAUUUCUCUCUGGGAUUUGAUGAGGCCCAACCUAUGACUGUUGUUAAACUCUAGGAAUCCUGCAGCUGGUGAAGCAUCUCAGCAAUUUAGGCAAGCAAUGUUUCACCUUGUGAAGUUGUACCCUGUGUCAGUCUUAUUAAUGUGCUAUUUUGAUACUGUACUGGUUUUCCUGUAUUUUGCAAUUCCAGUAAUAAAGAGAUUUACCAAAGGAA